CUUCGCUCACUCACUCGGCCAGCUCCUCGGUUGCCGAAGAGGGUUUCCACCGCAAACUCCAUCCUCCACCAUCUCCCUGAUACCAAGAACGGCGGCCUCCGGACGGCCUCCGCAUCUCCGCAACACCAUGGCUUCUCAGUUCCAAGCCCUCCGGUACUUAGCUAUGUGCACCAACCACCACUGCCCUCCCAAACGGCUUUCACCUCUUUACUCCGCUCCCUUUGUGAGACGAGUCGUCCGCUUCCUCUCUUCCUCUUCCCCACGACGCUCCCCUAAACCCUUUGCUCCGCACACCCAGGUCUUCCGUGAUGUCGACCCACUGCGAAAAUGGCGAAGGGACCUACUCCUCAACAAUCGCACGCUCGGUCUUGUGCCAACAAUGGGAGCUCUUCAUGAAGGGCAUCUUUCCCUCGUCCGUCAAGCAGCUGCCGAGAACACAGACGUCUUUGUCUCGAUAUACGUGAAUCCGACACAAUUCGGCAUGAAUGAGGACUUAGCGUCCUACCCCAAAACAUGGGAAGCCGACAUGAAGAUUUUAACCGUGCUGGAUAGAGAAUUGGCGAGCUUGGGAGCAGGCCGUAUAUCCGCUGUGUUUGCACCGAGUACCAAGACUAUGUACCCUACUUUGCCUCCUGACAGCAGCAUCCCCGGCGCAGGAUCGUUCGUCGAGAUCCGCCCCCUAGGCCAACUGCUCGAAGGUGCAUCCCGCCCUGUGUUUUUUAGGGGCGUGGCAACGGUUUGCAUGAAGCUCUUCAACAUCUGCGCUCCGGACCGCGUCUAUUUCGGUCAAAAGGAUAUUCAGCAGACGGUGGUGAUCAAACGCCUUGUCAAAGACUUCCACCUCAACACCGAAGUCCGGAUUGGACCAACAGAGCGAGAAAAAGAUGGGUUAGCAUUGUCGUCUCGGAACGUAUACCUAGGUACUCGCCGGCGGAACGUUGGCAUUGUGCUCAACCAAUUGUUGCGGAAAGCAGAGGCGCAAUACAACGCUGGCAAGAGAAAGAGGGGCGAUAUCCUCUGGCCUGCUAACGAUCAUGCGGAUAAGACUUUGCUCGAGCAAGAAGCUUUGGAACCGGGCAAGAGAGCUAGAUUUGAAGUGGACUACAUAAGUCUAGCCAAUCCUGAAACAAUGGAAGAGUUAGAGGAAGUUGAUGAAGCGAAGGGUGCUAUUUUGAGCGGUGCUGUGAAGAUGCUACCCCUAGAAGAUGCAAAGGAAGGCGAGGAACUGGGAGUUGGUGGCGGCCAAAUACCUGUUCGACUUAUUGACAACAUUGUCCUUGAUCCGGUAGCAUAAGUUUCCGCGAUGACAGGUAUACGAUUUUCCUCAGACGGCAUGUGUCUACG